AUGGAUGAACUCAACUACAACCGUGAGGAUUUAGCAAAGAAACAUGAUAGUUGGAAAAUGAUGCUAAAAGAAGAACAAAAGAAGAUCUAUGAUGAGAUAAUGGAAGCUAUUAUCAACGACAAAGCAAUAAGAUCCAACAGCCAUAUUGUUCUCAAUACAUCAUCUAGCGGUAUUGCAUCUCUACUGCUGGAAGGAGGAAGAACAGCUCACUCUAGGUUUGCCCUUCCUUUAAAUCCAAAUGAAACUUCUACUUGCAACAUGUCACGGAGCUCAGAACUUGGUGCGUUGGUUAAAGAAGCAAAGUUAAUCAUAUGGGAUGAAGCUCCAAUGAUGAGAAGGGAAGCGAUUGUCAAUGCAUCAUUAAACUCUUCAUACUUAUGGAAUCAGUGCAAAGUUUUAAGAUUGACAAAGAAUAUGAGGUUGCUUCAAGACAUUGGUAAACAAGAGGCCAGCGAGAUAGAAGAGUUUUCAAAAUGGAUACUCGCAGUUGGAGAAGGAAAAAUUAAUGAGCCUAAUGAUGUUGAAGAAAGAAUUUAUCUAAGUUCUGAUUCAAUUGACCCUCAAGAUAAACGUGCCCUAAAAAAUAAGGUUUACUCACCAGAUUUCCUUAAUACCAUUAAGGUUUCGGGUAUACCUUAUCAUCUGCUUCGUUUGAAAAUAGGUUGUCCAAUUAUGUUGAUGAGAAAUAUUGAUCCGCAUGGUGGUUUAAUGAAUGGUACAAGACUGCAGAUCACCCAAAUGGCGGACCAUGUUUUACAAGCUCGGAUUUUAACUGGUACGCGAGUUGGUAAGAUAGUUUUCAUACCUAGGAUGUUGAUAUCACCAUCAGAUUCUAUGUUGCCUUUCAAAAUGCGUAGAAGACAGUUCUCAGUCUCAGUUGCUUUUGCAAUGACUAUCAAUAAGAGCCAAGGCCGAUCUCUUGAAAAUGUUGGGAUAUACUUGCCUAGACCCGUUUUCUCACAUGGUCAGUUAUAUGUAGCAAUUUCAAGGGUUAAAUCAAAGUCUGGAUUGAAGAUGUUGAUAACAGAUAGUGAGGGAAAACCUCAAACAAAGACAACCAAUGUUGUUUUUAAAGAAGUUUUCCAAAAUCNGGAGCUCAGAACUUGGUGCGUUGGUUAA